AGGAGCACAGCUGCGCCUAGCUGCAGGCCCCAGAGCACUGUCGGGAGGCACAGCUACUCCUCCAGCAGCCAGAUCGCCACAAUCGUCCCAGCAGCAGGACAGACCUCCAGUCACAAGGCACCUUGAGAACUUCAGGAUGGGGAUGUCUCCAGUCUUUGCCUGCCUAGCCCUGGGCCUAACCCUCAUCUUUGGUGAGGGGUCCGCCUUGUACAAUCGCCAGUCCCAGGUAGCCCAACUGGCCACAGACUUCGGAGUGAAGGUGUUUCAGCAGGUGGUACAGGCCUCCAAGGACCGCAAUGUGGUCUUCUCGCCCUAUGGGGUGGCCUCGGUGCUGGCUAUGUUGCAGCUGACAACGGGAGGAGAAACCCAGCAGCAGAUCCAAGCAGCAAUGCAAUUCAAGCUUGAAGAGAAGGGCAUGGCCCCUGCCCUCCGCCAACUGUACAAGGAACUCAUGGGCCCAUGGAACAAGGACGAGAUCAGCACCGCCGACGCCAUCUUCGUCCAGCGGGAUCUGAAGCUGGUCCAGGGCUUCAUGCCCCACUUCUUCAGGCUGUUCCAGACCACAGUCAAGCAGGUGGACUUUUCAGAGGUGGAGAGAGCCAGGUUCAUCGUCAAUGACUGGGUGAAGAAACACACAAAAGGCAUGAUCAGUGACUUACUUGGCAAAGGGGCCGUGGACCAGCUGACGCGCCUGGUGCUGGUGAAUGCCCUCUACUUCAACGGCCAGUGGAAGACGCCCUUCCCAGAGUCGGGCACCCACCACGGCCUUUUCCACAAGUCCGACGGCAGCACCGUCUCUGUGUCCAUGAUGGCUCAGACCAACAAGUUCAACUACGCUGAGUUUUCCACCCCUGAUGGCCAUUACUACGACAUCCUGGAAUUGCCCUACCACGGGGACACCCUCAGCAUGUUCAUUGCUGCUCCCUAUGAAAAAGAGGUGCCUCUCUCUGCCCUCACCAACAUUCUGGAUGCCCAGCUCAUCAGCCAGUGGAAAGGGAAUAUGACCAGAGUGGUCCGCCUCCUGGUUCUGCCCAAGUUCUCCCUGGAGAGUGAAGUUGACCUCAGGAGGCCCCUGGAGAAUUUGGGGAUGACCGACAUGUUUAGGCCAAACCAGGCGGACUUCACGAGACUUUCAGAUCAAGAGCUUCUCUACGUAUCGCAGGCCCUGCAAAAAGUGAAGAUCAAGGUGACCGAGAGCGGCACGGUGGCGUCCUCCUCUACAGCCUUUGUAGUCUCAGCCAGAAUGGCCCCUGAGGAGAUCAUCAUGGACAGACCCUUCCUCUUUGUGGUGCGGCACAACCCCACAGGAACAGUCCUUUUCAUGGGCCAAGUGAUGGAACCCUGACCGUGGGAAAAGAAGGCCUCAUCUUGGACAGAACUGCAGAUGUAUUAGAAAAGAAGAAACUCUGGAGAAAAAAAAAUUUAUUUUAAUUAAUAUUUUUGGA